CUAUGCGUGAGCGGGCGGAGGUUGACGGUCGCUCGUCGCGGAUCUCGUGCCUUGCUGCAGCUUCCUGGGCGCCACCGAUGGACGGCUGCUGCAGCAAUCAAGUGGCCUCUGCGCUGCGAUGCGACGAAAGGGCCCGAUAGACCUUUCAGCCCCUCGUGCUCAUCGAUCAGCGGAUGAAUGCUCAGCGGAUCAGAUCCACUCAGUGUUGCUGUAAUCGAUGCCAAAGAUAGUCCUUCUUUCUUGGCUCCCUACCACUCACCAUCAAUUCCACCAACGAGGUUAAGGCCAGGCCUACAUAACGUUCGCUGAGGCUUGAGAUUCGCUUGCUCCUCAACCCACGGCUCACCGCAUACACACAGCUCAGGCCAUCAUCAAAAUGCCAGCCCGCGACGCCAACGAGGAUGCCGUUGCCCUUCUGGAGAGACGACGAGCUCAAAAUCGUCAAGCUCAAGCCCGCUUCAGGCAGAAGAAGCUGGCUCAACAAGCAGCAGAAGCCGCUGCCGCUAGCCCCUCGACGCAUCAUCAGGCAGCCGCCAAGAGCAUCGCCACGAAGCGCAGACGCUCAGAUGAGUCGCAGCAGCACGCUAACAACCAAGAAGUCAACUUCAUUGGGGGUGGCAGCAUCAGCAACAGCAGCUCAAGAAGCAGCUUCGGCAGUGGCAGCAAAGGCGAUGCCAACAGCAUGUCACCUGGCGAGUCGGACAAGGCCAGCAGCCCCUCAACGGCAUUCUCAUCGACGUCGCCCUCGUCAGCAUCAGAGGCUUCGAGCAGCACAUCGCCGACCUCCUACUUUGCCAGCCUACCAGGCCAGCAAUCCAGCUCGGCGGAGCAGCCCACCUUCUCGUACCCGUCACCAGCCAAGCCGUCUGAGGCCCCCUUCUUUGACUUUGGCCUGUCACCAUCAGCUGCAAUCGUCAGCGCAGCGCCCUCAGCUGAGAAUCCUGCUCCAUCGUCUCGCACCACCUUUGCCUCCUACGAUGAUCACCUUGGCGACAUCGUCAGCAGCAGCGCGGCCAUGUCCGUCGACAACGAGGUGCAGUUCUUUGCCUCGGUGAUGAGAGAGGCAGAGCAGGAGCAAGAGGAGAUGAGGCGACUACAGCAACAGCAGACCAAUCUUCAGCGUCAAAGACAGCAUCAGCAGCCACAGCAGCAAAAGAUUGCGGCAGACCAGCCGCACAGCGUCCUCGAUCGAAUCUUGGCCGACUUUGGCGUCGCUGGACCGUCCACUCCCAGCUUGCUUUCUGGGCCAACUCAGCAGCAACGCGGCGACCCCAGUCUACUCCCAUCACAGCCGCAGUCUCAACCACAGCCUGCUGCUGCUCAGAACGCCUCCUCCUCCUCCUCCUCUCUCUGUCCCACCCAUACUCACGACUGGUUCGCCGGCUUCAACCAAUGGCAGAUGAUAGAGACCAUAACAAACGAAAGGGGCAUGCUAGCCGUAGUUCUCCUCCUCCUCGAGUCGCCCUCCCUCGAGCACCUCCGCCGCUCCAUCCUCGACCCGCGACGCGGCGUCGUCUUCAACGAGAAGCAUGCGAUGGCCAAAGCCUUCUUCCACAAUGCAGUUUGCUUGGGGUUCUUGGACGACGAUUUGAGGAAGUGCGCGACGCACAGCAACAUCAGUGAGGUGUGGACUCAGAGGUCACUACCCUUUGUUCAGAUGGGGAGCAACAGCACGUCCCUCGUUGCAGGAGGCGCUAUAGGGCGCGCAGAAGACGGGACAGUCUCGCCACUUUCACUCACCCAGAUGCCCGGCACCUCGACAUCAAUAGGCAAGUCCCCUUGGCAGAUCCCCGUCUCUCUCUCGCGCGUGGACGAGGAUCGUCGCCUGACCCGCCUACGAGAGGCGCCCAACAUGUACCCAACAGCUCUCCAGCUUUCACGUCCCCACUCCAUCAUCAUCGAUACUCUCCCCUGGCCCUCUGUCCGCGACGGUCUGAUCCGUCUCCUCGAGCUGGGCGUAGUGGACAACCAUACGCUCAAGUGUGACCUGAUCGGCAAGCCGUUCGAAUGCUCCGGUGAAGGGCACGUCUUUACGCUGCACGGAGACGACCCGAUGGACCCGGAGAGCUGGGAGAUGAGCGAAUAUUGGGCGCAAAAAUACCUCCCGUUGUUGGAUAGGGGUAUGGUUAGGAGGACAAACUUCUGGAGGAGGAUGAAGGGAUUAGACGCGUUGAGGCUGGAUAAGGAGACCGUCGAGAGGGAGGGGGAUAGGACCAUUGUGGAUGCGCUGGCGAAUUUGAGAAUGGCGGGCGUUUGAGCUGGCAGGAGCGACGAGGAGCGACGUAUGUCACACAUCUUUUUUGCUGUACUUUUAUUCAUCUCGAGGCCUUCAAUCCACCAAUCACACAUUUCGUUGAGCGGGCGCAGGAUCACGAUGAUAGUUCGCAUUGACAAGGUCAGAUCGCGAUGGCGACGAUGAUGU